CUCAAGCAUAUUUUCCAUUCACUUUUUCUGUCUUCCCGAACAGCAAUCUAGUAAGAGAAAGAGAGGUCGAGAGAGCUCAGGCUUAUCUGAUUUUUGGGGUUAGGGUUUUUCCUCUUUCCGAAUCGCCCAUUCCAAAACCCUAAUUAUCGGAUCAGGUUCUGUUUCUCAUCAAUAGGGAAGUCAGAAAUUUAGGGACCAAAGAAACUGUCUGAGCAUUCUGGUUAGCAGGCCCUCUUAGGUUAAUCAACCAAGUUUCAUGUCUGAGCUCGACGUACAGAUUCCUACCGCCUUUGAUCCCUUUGCUGAGGCAAAUGCUGAGGACUCAGGUGCUGGGACAAAAGAGUAUGUGCACAUUCGUAUACAGCAACGGAACGGGAGGAAAAGCCUGACAACCGUGCAGGGAUUGAAGAAGGAGUUUAGCUACAACAAGAUACUCAAAGACCUUAAGAAGGAAUUUUGCUGCAAUGGUACAGUUGUUCAGGACCCAGAACUAGGACAGGUCAUUCAGCUUCAAGGUGAUCAGAGAAAGAAUGUGUCUUCCUUCCUCGUCCAGGCUGGCAUUGUGAAGAAAGACAACAUCAAAAUUCAUGGUUUCUGAGCUGUUGCAGCAACUCAAGUCUCUGCAGAAUACAUCUCCCUGUACGCUCAGGGCAGAACAUGUUAUCUGGAUAUUACAUCAUCUAUAAGUUUGUCUGCUAUGUGAAUUGUGUUUCUGGUGUGUUCUAAUUGCCAAGCAACUGGUGUUAUGUGGAUUGAUCAUGGAGUGUAUAACAACUUGUGGCCGUCUUAAUUUCAAUCUCUAUAAAGAAUAUAUUAAGAAUG